AUGGCAACUAAAGAUGAAAUUAAGUCACUCUUGGAGGCCGAAAUUGGACCUCUAAAAGCUAAAUUAACCUCGAUUGAAAAGUCAUUCUUUGAAUUGGAAAAGUCGGUCAAACACUUCUCCGCAAAGUAUGAUGAGCUCUUGAAGCAAGUACAGCGCUCAAAUGAUAGAACAGCAAGCCUUUCCACUGAUGUUAAGAACCUAAAGGAAGAUAUGAAGCAGUGCAAGAAAAUAGGGCGCGAAAUUGGAGACCUUUCUCAAUACUUGCGCCGCGACUGCUUGGAGCUGACAGGCGUUUUACCAACCGAAGAAGUAUCUUGUUUUGACCUUGUUUGUUCUAUUGGGAAGGAAAUGGGUAUCGAGCUGCAAGAUGAAGACAUCUCCACGGCCCACCGUUUACCCACUUACAAUAAAAGUGCAGAAGACAAGAUUAUCGUCAAGUUUACGCGUCGCAGUAUUCGGGACGAGUUUUACGGAAAGAGGAAAACAAUCGCCGGCAAAGAAGUUGGUAAAGUUGGCACUCUACGGGAUCUUUCUCAAGACCCAAAGAAGAAAUUAUAUAUCUCCGAGUCGCUAACACAAGCAAGAAAGAAAUUGUUUGGCAGCAUUAACAAGUUUAAGAAGGACAACAAGUGGAAAUAUAUUUGGACCAACAACGGGCGAAUAUACCUCAAGCAAGGAGACGGGGAAAAGCGUACGUUCACAUUCAACUACGCAGACGAGUUCGCUGACUUCAAAAGUAAAUUUCCUCUUGGAUAA